CCACGCGCGCGGGAUCUCAUGCUAACGGUGGCUAACCAGACCGACUCAACAGAGAACUAUCCGGGGGCCUUUGAGCGUUUGUCAAGACACCGUAGAGCUCCGCGCGGUUGACCGCUGACGACUCGCUUCCCCCGCGGUGUGUAGAGCCUCUGACAGCCGGGUCAGAGGCAGCUGCCCCUCGGUAGAGACCCCCCCGGUGUCCGGUUGUUGACAUCCAUGACGAGGACGUGUGCGCUGUGCCCGUAGCUCCAGCACGUCACUGGCUCAGCGGUACUUCUCCGCGGAAGUUUAUUCUCUCUCCCUCUGGCAUGCAUUUAAACCCUCGCGUGGCUCCGACUCGGCCUUAAACUGGACCUCGGGUGUUUGUGUUGUCUUCCGCUGGGAUGAAGCUGCAGUGUGACGUCGAGGUGGUGAAUCGGAUGCUCCCCUCGUUUGGGAUGAAGAGUCGAGGGAAGGGGAUGAGAGCGGUGCUGUCCAUCGGGAAGCACUUGGACAAGACGAGUCAACGCAGCAACAUCUACAUGAUGAUCUGCACCGCUAAAGACAGAGCAGGCUGCAAGUACAAGCUUAAAGACAACAUAGAGAAGUUCUUUACUUGGUUUGUGGAGGAAGGCAAGGCCACUGUGAGGUUAAAGGAACCUGCUAUUGACAUUUGUUUGAGCAAGGCGGAUGCAAAUAGCUUGAAGAACUUCCUCUCGGCGGCUCGUUUAGCAGACAGAGGAAGUGACGCCAGUAGCCUUCCUCUCUCCACGCUCACUCCUGUUCGCGCCAGAGACGUAGAGCAACCCAAGAAGAAGCUCACCAUCGUCUCCAAGAGGGACUACCCCCUCACCUCCAACUUCCCAUACUCUCUGGAGCAGCUGCAGGUCUCCUACUGCAAACUGUCCCGGGUGGACAUGCGGAUGCUGUCACUCAAAGCACUCCGCAAGCUAGACCUCAGUAACAACCACAUCAAGAAACUCCCCGCCACUAUCGGGGACCUCGGCUGCCUCUCUGAGCUCAUCCUCCACAACAACCACCUGGAAGCCUUCAGCGAGGCCCUCUGCCUGUCCACCUUGCAGCGGACCCUCCUGCUCCUGGACCUCAGCCAGAAUCGACUGCAGUCCCUCCCCGCUCAGUUCUGCCAGCUCAAGGAACUGGUGAACCUCAAGCUGGACGACAACGAGCUCGUCUGUUUGCCGUUCCACGUGGGCCGACUCUCGAAGUUGAGGUUCCUGUCAGCGGCGCAUAACCAGCUAGCUAUGUUGCCCUCUGACUUCCGUAAGCUUAGUCUGGAGAACCUGGACCUGUUUGGGAAUCCGUUUGUCCAACCUAACCCUCUGGACCACAAAAUGAAACUUACAUUCCCGCUUCCACUCCAAGAGUUGGCUUCCAGAGCGGUGGCCAACCUCAGGUUACCAUACGGACCUCACCUCAUCCCUGCCCACUUGUGUCGGGACCUAGAAGUUGCCAAGAUGUGCGACUGUGGCCGUGUCUGCAUAAAUUUCUACAUCAAGACAGCGGUCAGCAUGAACCUGCACCAAGUCUCUCACACGGUGGUCCUGGUGGACGACAUGGGGGGCACGGACGCGCCGGUGCAGCAGCACUUCUGCUCCCUCUCUUGCUACUCCGAGUUUUUGGACAACUCGCUCCAGAGAGGAAUCAGAUGAGGAAGAACAAACUCUUUUGUUUGACAGGAAAUGGACAAAACUGCUGGAAAUUGCUGUGGAUUUUUGCAAUAGAUUGCAAGUUAAGAGAUACUGUUGGAGGAUGCAGUUUUCUGGUAAUGCCUUUAAAUGAAAGGAGAAUAUUGACUUUUUAAAAGCUUUUUUAAAGUGCUUGGAGCAGCCGGUUUUACACUUACAUUCGACUUAUAUUGCACUUCCUUACUUCCCUAAUUUUAUGUAAUGAUAGCAUCAGCCACACUGACACAACAUGACUGUUUGUCAUUGCUGCCGGUAAACGUCAUACAUCGUCUUUCCUGUUCUUCCCACCUCUUCGAGCACACUGUCGGCUCCCCUACUGACCUACUUCUACGAGGCAGCGGAAUAAAACCAUUAGAUUCAUUGGAGUUUCUUCCUGAACACAGUCCCUCUGGGUCUGUGAGCAUCGGUCGAAAGGGAGUUGUUUUUUACUGUGCUAAUGACCUACACGUUUUAUAUUCAUGUGAAAAAUGCAAUAAAAUAAAAGUAUUCA